CACGGUGGAAAUUAAUAAUAGAAAAAAAAAUACGUCAUUUUAAACGCGAGGUGGGAAAUUAAAUACGUGACGUGACGUAUGACGUGGAUAAAUAAAUAAAUUUUAAUUUUACCAAUAAAUCGUAGAAGUUUCGAAACUUGGAAGCGACCUUGAAGACAACCCGGAGGCAUUGUAAAAGGGGGCAUGCGCAAUGUCCUUCUUGUACUCGAUCCUUCCUCUAUCCUAUACAAGAUGGUCGAAGGAGACGUGAGUAGUGUCGUUACGUUGUCUGCCUUUUCCGAUAGGAAAAGUCGCCCGACCUAUUAUUGAUUUCAUUCCGCUUUAAAGCUCCGUAUUUAUUUAUUUAUUUAUUUUUUAUCCCCCUCUCCCCGAAGUGAAAAAGAAAUAAUGUAAUCCCCCCGUGUCAGCUAUGUUGCAUUUUGUACGACGACCGAAGCUGUGUUAUUUGAUUUUGUCCACUCUCGUCUUGUUCGGAGUGGUUGUGUUAUUUUACAGUAGCCAGACUAUAAAUCUGACAAAAAGGACUUCGAUCGCCGUUUCUACAGAAAUCGUUAAAUUCGAUUUAAAAGAUGGAACAAUCGGAAAAGAGAAGAUUUUCUCGUCUAAACCGUCGCAUUGUCAUCGGUCGAGUCUAUUGUCCUCGGUUGACAUCUCUACCGCCGAUCUCUACCCCAAACUGAAUUUCCAUCCACGAUCCAGGACUUAUUGGAAUUAUACAUUCGAGAAAAGAUAUUUAAAGACCAAGGAUCAAUGGAGCAAGCUACCACUCAAGGUGAUAGUCGUUCCUCAUUCUCACAACGAUCCGGGUUGGUUGUUGACCUUCGACGAUUAUUUCUACACCUACACGGCGCGAAUAUUGAACAAUAUGGUGGAAAAACUCAACCUUCAUUCGGAUUUAAGUUUCGUCUGGACCGAAAUCUCUUUUUUCUCCAAAUGGUGGACCAGUCUGAAGAAUAGACCUCAUUUGAGAGAUGCCGUGAAAGAACUUGUCACUAACGGACAAUUAGAGAUGGUGACGGGUGGAUGGGUAAUGACGGACGAAGCUUCCUCCAGUUACUACGCCAUGAUCGAUCAGCUAAUUGAAGGACACAAUUGGCUAAAGACCACGCUAAACAUCGAACCCUCCCACGCUUGGUCCGUAGAUCCCUUCGGGCAUUCUUCCACUUUCGCUUACAUCCUGAAAUCUUCUGGAAUUCACAAUAUGCUUAUUCAGAGGACUCAUUACGCCUGGAAGCAAUAUCUAGCGGAGCAGAAGCAAUUGAAUUUUUGGUGGAAGCAGUCUUUCGAAGGGAUUAAUUCUUCCAAGAUUUUAUGCCAGAUGGCACCCUUCGAUCUGUAUAAUAUCAAAUACACUUGCGGGCCCGAUACCGAGGUGUGUCUUCAGUUCGAUUUUAGAAGGAUUGCUGGAGAAUAUACAGACAGCCGUUCGGUACCGAUAACCAAUCAAAAUGUGGAAGAGAAAGCGGAGUUGCUGUUAUCUCAGUACGGUAGGACGGCGUCACUGUUCCAUCACAAUGUAGCUCUGGUCAAACUGGGCGACGAUUUUAGAUACAAGCACGAGGCCGAAUGGGACCAGCAAUAUAACAAUUACAAGAAACUUUUCCAGUACAUUAAUUCCAGGAAGGACUGGAAUGCAGAAGUGCGUUUCGGGACAGUCAGGGAUUACUUCGACCAAGUGCAUCGCCGGAUGAAGGACAUCAACGGAGAUUCUUAUCCUACUUUAGUAGGGGACUUUUUCGCUUACAGCGACAUCUACGCCACGGGAAAGGCAGCCUACUGGACCGGAUACUUCACCACCAGACCCUACUGGAAGCAAUUAUGCCGCGAAUUAGAGUACUGGCUGCGCAAUGCCGAAAUUAUAUACAGUCUGAGCCGCGUGGUACUGAGACACGGCAAUCAUUCCGGUGUGGUUCGGAAAUUAGACGAAGACUACAAUGCACUAGGAGCGGCUAGAGACAGCUUGGCGCUAUUCCAGCAUCACGACGCUAUCACCGGGACCUCCAAAGAAGCGGUGAUGCACGAUUACGGCAUGCGCCUCUUUCAUGGAAUUCAGCAAUCGAUCACGCUGCUCUCUUAUUGCUCGCAGUACGUCCUCUUAAAAAUACCAAAAACCAUUUACCACCGCUCCUUUCCUUAUCUGGUAGUAGAUUUCACUAAACCCACUUACGAUGUCCUCGAUAACAAAAGUAUUCUAAAAAUGUCUAGGGAGGGAAUUAAAAAAGUGGUCGUCUUCAAUUCUUUGGCUCGACGAAGCCAGCAGGCCGUCAGAGUUCGGAUUGGCACGCCUUACGUAGCCGUUUACGAUUCUAUGGACCGUAAAGUAUCGUUCCAGAUUAAUCCCAUCUGGAACGACACCAUAGAAAUCUUAAGCGAUGCCUUCGAAGUGAUAUUCGUGGCCGAUCUCCCUCCUCUGUCCUUAGAGACUUUUGUCCUCAGGGCGAUCGAUCGCAUGAUUGCUAAUAAGUCUUCUAUUAACGUCAUCAUGAACGAUGCCAAAGCAGCGAAAACGGACGAUAACAUUUUUACAUUCCAUAAUUUAAUCGAGGAGAACAUAAUUCUGGAAUCUCCUCACAUCUCCGCAACCUUUUCUAGAUUUACGGGUUUCCUGCAAAGUAUCAAACUCAAGAGGUUGUUCACUAGCAACCAAGCUAAAAUGUCGUUCCAAGCUUACAGGUCGGAAGAGUUCAGCAGCGGGGCCUAUCUGUUUCAACCCAGUUUCCUUCAACCCCUCAGAAACAUAACGGGGCGGUUUCCCAUCAUCCGCAUAGUACGGGGUUUAAUACUAAACGAAAUAAGUGUAGUGUACUCCAAGCUACUGACUAUCAAAUUUCGUCUCUAUCAGACUCUAGGACCACUGGGAGCGGGUCUAGAAGUGGUGGCCCAACACGACAUGACUCGACCGGAAACUACAAAUAACGAAAUGUUCAUGAAGAUAAAAACUGAUAUCGAUAACGGCAACACGUUCUUUACAGACCAGAACGGUUUCCAGAUGGUCAGGAGGAUGUUCCACUCCCAUUUACCUAUUCAGGCUAAUUACUACCCCAUCACUUCCGCCAUGUUUAUAGAAGACGGCAAGUCGCGUUUGACUUUCCUCACCACGCACGGUCACGGAGCGACUAGUCCCAAGAGUGGCACCCUAGAAGUCAUGAUCGAUAGAAGGAUUCAGACCGACGACGGAAGAGGAAUGGGCGAAGGUCUAAUGGACAAUAAGAGGACCAUUUCUCGUUUCUGGAUUCUACUAGAAAGAAAGGUCAAACCGGAAGAGAGCGAAGUACCGAAUUUGAGCCGUUUAGGUCACACUUUAUCAUCCGUCCUCAAUUAUCCCGCUGUCAUUCUAGAUGUCAACAAUAGAAUGGAGCAUCUAUUCAAACCCAGUGUGAGUUUCCUGCAAGCCAGCUAUCCCUGCGACACUCAUCUCGUCAACUUGAGGACUUUACCCUUACACGAAAAUUUCUAUCAGCCAUCCAAUUCCAGUUUACUCAUACUCCACAACAAGAAUCGCGCUUGCAGCUUAGUGGAGACCACUCCAAUCACGUGUUCAGACUCACCCGAAAUCGACCCCUUCCGCCAUCUUGGUGUUCGUAACGUACAUUCCACCAAACUCACCGGGUUGGGCGACAAAGUGCGAAUCGAUAAACACAACGUAACGGUAGCCCCGAUGGAAAUAGCCACGUACAAAGUGGACUUUCCCUGAAAAACAAUAGCAAGCCACCAUUUUUUUAGUUCGUUAUUCAAAUUUUACAUUUUCCAUCGCAUUCUUUACUUAAAAAAAACAAAACAAUAUGGAUCUCGGAUUACCUUAAAGAAGUUCAUGCCUUUACCGGAAAUGGAAAACAGCACGUGCGUAUGGGAUUUUUGAAGUAUACCUCAUCUAAAUCUUUAUUGUUGGUUAUGAAAAAAAAAAUAAAAAUAUAGUUUUAUUUUAUCAUAAUUUUAAGUAUUUAUUACUCGACUAUUUAGAGUGUAUAAUUUUGUAAUUAUAUUUUGAAUAAAUCGUUGGAAAUAGAAGAAGAUUCUUAUCUUAAUCU